GGACCCAAGGCCACGUGCGCCGCCAUGCCCCGCGCUCCCCGCUGUCGCCGCGUGCGCGCCCUGCUGCGGGCCCGCUACCGCCGGGUGCAGCCGCUGGCCGCCUUCGCGCGCCGCCUGGGACCCGAGGGCCGCCGCCUGCUGCGCCCCGGGGACCCCGCCGCCUUCCGCGCGCUCGUGGCGCGCUGCCUGGUGUGCGAACCCUGGGGCGCGCCGCCGCCGCCCGCCGCCCCCAGCUUCCAGCAGGUGUCCGGCGUGAGGGAGCUGCUGGGCCGUGUGCUGCAGGGCCUGAGCGAGCGCGGCGCGCGGAACGUGCUGUCCUGGGGCUACGCGCCGCCGGCCCGGGCGCGGGGGGCCCCGCCGCUGCCUUUCACCACGGCCGUGCGCGCCGUGCGCCCCAACUCAGUGACCGACGCGCUGCGCGGGAGCGGCGCCUGGCGGCUGCUGCUGGCCCGCCUGGGCGACGACGUGCUGGGCCACCUGCUGGCGGACCGCGCGCUCUUCCUGCUGGUGCCCCCGACCUGCGCGCUGCAGCUGUGCGGCGCCCCGCUCUACGACCUCCGGCCCCCCGCGGCCGCUGCGCCCGGCCCCGCCCCCGCCCCGGCUCCCGGGCCGCUCCAGCCGCAUCCCGCGCCCCGCGGGCCCCGCCCCCGGCCCCCAGCCCCGGAGGCCGCGCCCCGCCUUCGCGCCCAGGUGCGGCGCUUCCUGUACAGCGCGGGCGCGCGAGAGCGGCUGCACGCCUCCUUCGUGCUCAGCCGUCUGCGCCCCAGCCUGACGGGCGCGCGCACGUUGCUGCAGGCCGUGUUCCUGCGCGUGCCCGCGCGCCCCCGCCUGCCCGCGCGCCUGCGCCGCCUGUGCCCGCUCUUCCGUCAGUUGCUGCGCAACCACGCGCGCGCGCCCUACGCCGCCCUGCUGCGUGCGCACUGCCCGGCCCCCGCGCGCCCCCCGCACGCGCCCGGAGGGGACGCGCGGCGCCUGGCGUUCCUGCUGCGCGCUCACGUGGCCCCCGCGCGCGUGUACGCGCUGCUGCGCGCCUGCCUGCGCCGCCUGGUGCCGCGCGCGCUCUGGGGCUCGCGCCACAACGAGCGCCGCUUCCUCCGCGCAGUCCGUCGGCUGCUGCACCUCGGCCGUCAUGGCGCGCUCUCGCUGCCCGAGCUCAUGUGCAGGGUGAGGGUGCGGGACUGCGCCUGGCUGUGCGCGCGCCCAGGGCCGCGCGCCGUGUCGGCACAGGAGCACCGGCGCAGGGAGGCCGUGCUGGCCGCCUUCCUCGGCUGGCUGCUGGACUCGUACGUGGUGGGGCUGCUGCGCGGCUUCUUCUACGUCACCGAGACCACCUUCCAGAAGCACCGGCUGCUGUACUACCGCAAGAGCGUGUGGGCCGAGCUGCAGGGCCUGGGACUCAGGCUGUGUGUCCAGCGCGGACAACUACGGGAACUGACCCCGGCGGAGCUGAGGCGGCUGCGAGCGACAUGGCGGGGCCCCGCAUCCCGGCUGCGCUUCCUGCCCAAGCCCCAGGGCCUGCGACCCAUUGUCAGCGCUGAGCGCUCCCUGGAGGCCACGGCGCGGCAGCUGGCCUCGCGCGUGCACGUGCUGUUCGGGGCCCUCAACUGGGAGCGCGCGCAGCGGCCGCACCUGCUGGGGGCCUCGCUGCUCGGCCUGGACGGCGCGCUGGCCGCUUGGAGACGCUUCGUGCUGCGCAUGCGCGCCCGGGACCCCGUGCCCCCGCUGUGGUUUGUCAAGGUGGACGUGUCCGGGGCCUUCGACGCGCUCCCGCGGGAUAAACUGCUGCAGGUGGUGGCCCGGGCCCUGAGGCCGAGGAGAAGCAGCUACUUCGUACGCCACUACGCCCUGGUGCCGGGCGCGCGGGCCGGGCAGCCCCAGCGGGCCUUCAGAAGCCAUGUGUGCGCCCUGGCAGAGCUGCGCCCCUACCUGCAGCAGUUCGUCCAGCUCCUGCAGGAGCAGAGCGGGUUGCGUGACAGCGUGGUCAUCGAGCAGAGCUCCUCCCUGCGUGAGACUGGCAAAAGCCUGUUCCGUUUCUUUCUGCGCUUGGUGCAGAGUCACACCAUCCAGGUGGGGAGCAGGUCCUUCCUGCAGUGCCAGGGCAUCCCCCAGGGCUCGGUGCUGUCCACCCUGCUGUGCAGCCUCUGCUACGGCCACAUGGAGGCGCAGCUCUUCCGGGGAUUCCAGCGAAAUGGGCUGCUGCUGCGUCUGGUAGACGACUUCCUACUGGUCACGCCGCACCUGGCGCACGCCAAGGCCUUCCUCAGGUGGGUCCCCUCCUGCGCUCUGUCUGGGCGCCAGGUGUGGUGGGGCAGUCCCAUCCCCGGGUGGCCGUGUCCUUGCCAUGCCAUCUCGUGUCCCCAUCUCGUGUCAGGCGCGGGGCUGGUGCCUUGGGCCACGUGGGAGAGGCACCUCCUCUCUGUCUGCGACCCGUCUGUCCAUCCCGGGCGGCCUGUCCCCUCUGUGUGCCCUGGCAGUGGUCUUGCCUGCAUGGCCCACAGCCGUCCCAUGCCGACCGUCCCCCCCAGCGCCCUGGUGCGUGGCGUCCCCGAGUACGGCUGCAUGGCCAACCUGGACAAGACGGUGGUCAACUUCCCGCUGGCGCCCGGCGAGCUGGGCCCGGCCUCGCCCUUGCAGCUGCCCGCCCACUGCCGCUUCCCCUGGUGCGGCCUCCUGCUGGACACGCGCUCGCUGGACGUGCACUGUGACUAUGCCAGCUACACCCACACAUCCAUGAGGAUGAGUCUGACCUUCGGCCAGGGCUGUGCUCCUGGGAGGACCAUGCUUCUCAAGCUUUUCCGGGUCCUGAAGCUCAAAUGCCAGGGGCUCUUCCUGGACCUGCAGGUGAACAGCCUCCCCACCGUCUGUGAGAACCUGCACCUCAUCUUCCUGCUGCAGGCCUACAGGUGGGCGCGGGCCCACGCUGGCUACAGGCGGCCCACACUGGCCUCAGGCCUGUGCUCUGGUAUCUCGUGUCCCUGUGGGGAUGGCGCCCUGGGAACGCACGGGCCCCGCACCCCAGGGCUGCCAGUCCCCUUGACACCACCCCUUGCCCUUGCCUUGGGCCGCCCACAGCCAUCUGCCCCCCCCCCCCGCCACAUCCCUGGGGGUGAGCAGCCACCCCCGGCUGGGUCUCCUGCCCGGGUCCAGGGUCCAGGCCGUCCCCUGACUCCCCAGGCUCCACGCCUGCGUGCUGCAGCUGCCCCGCGACCAGAGCGUGAGCAGGAAUCCCCACUUCUUCCUGCGCCUGGUCACCCGCACGGCCACCCGCGCCCACACGCUGCUCAAGGCCCACAACAGAGGCCUGUCCCUGGGGUCCGGGGACGCCUCCAGGCCCCUCCCAGCAGAGGCCACGCGCUGGCUGUGUCUGCAGGCCUUCCUGCUCAAGCUGGGGCAGCACCGCACCACCUACAGCCGCCUGCUGGGGGCGCUGCGGACAGCCCACACACAGCUCUGCCGGCAGCUCCCACGCCCCACCCUGGACACGCUGGAGGCCGUGGUCAGCGCCAGCCUGAGCAAGGAUGUUGGGGUCAUCCUGGACUGAGCCCCCUUCCCCUAGUCCAGGCUGCAUAUUGGUGACAGCCAGCGGUGCUGGACAUCCUCACGUGUCCCGGCUGCAGGCGGCCCCGGAGGGGGCACGUCUGCUGAGCCAGCAGCUGAGGACAAAGUCCGCACCCGGAAACGGCUGCGUCAGCUGCUUGGGGCAUCCCUUCUGGUCAGGCACCCUGCACCCUGCCCUCAGCCCUGGGUCCCUCGCCCCCUGCCCCAGGCCCCCGUGACGCUGGACAAGAACAAGUCAUUUAGCCAGGCGGUGGCGCACCUGGUUGGGUACACACAUUAUGAUGCCCAAGGACCCGGGUUCAAGCCCCUGGUCCCCACCUACAAGGGCAAAGCUUCACAAGUGGUGAAGCAGGGAGGCAGGUGUCUCCCUCUGUUCCCCCUCCCCUAUCAAUUUAUUUGUUUCUCUGUCCGAUAAUAAAUAGAAAUAUUUUCUUAAGAAAGAACAAGUCAUCAGUCACCUGUG